UCAACUGCGCGCGCGCAUCAUUGAAAUGUCAAUUUAAAAAACAAUUAAAAUCAUUUAUGACAUCUAGCAAAAACUUAUAGCUUGGCUGUUAAAAAUCGACGGAAACGGCAGUCGUAUAUAAAUAAUACAUUAAAAAUAAAAUAUAAUAUAGUGAAUUCGUUGAUUUGCUUUUUAAAAUGCAUAUGACUGGGAACAUUAUUAUGUUAUUUAUAACAUUUGUGGGAUGUGAGAAAGUUUUCAAGAGUGUUCCGGUUGUUGUGAAAACAUACGAAAAUGAUACAGUCUUGCUGCCGUGUUACAUUGACGACUCGGAAGCGAAACUACGCGUUCGCUGGUAUAAAAACAAGGAACUUCUGGGCGAUAGUGAGGUGCCUCAUCACCUGAUGCCGCCAAGGACGAGGAUGUACUCCAACUUCAGUCUGCAGAUUGAGCAACUCAAUGAGAAGGAUACCGCUGAUUACACUUGUGAGGUGAUAAGACAAGAACCCUGGGGCCCUAUUAGACAGACUCACACAAUUGAAGUACAAUACUCACCAACAAUCAAGACUAUCCCAGAGGAAGGUUUCGUAGAGGUCCGUAAGGGUGAUUAUGUCGACAUUGGAUGCGAAACCACUGGUACUCCCCAACCUAUUGUUGACUGGAGUAAAAAUGGUGAACCGAUGGCCCUGCUAGAACACAGGUCGCGGAUUCGAUUCCGUGCUGAACACCGUUUACUAGCUGGCGUGUAUGAGUGUACGGCGAACAACGGAGUCGGUGAUCCAAUAAAAGCAGCAAUACGAGUUGUUAUUCAUGACGCACCAGUAGUGACAACGGAUCGCAGCUUCGUCCACACAGCAGUUGGUCUUCGGGCGGUUUUGACGGCGAAACUGGAAUUCGCUGUUCCGCCAGCUAAAACCGCCUGGUUCAGAGAUGGAAGGACUGUUAAAUUGGAUGACAGAGUGGUUAUGAUGGUACAAGACAAUUUACAUCAGCUGAUUUUCCGAACUGUGCGUAAGUCGGAUCUCGGAAACUUCACGUUCCGCGCGGAAAACAAACUAGGCAUGGCCGAUGUAUCUUUCAAGCUCACGGGUGUCCCCAACGUGGCAUCGUUCAAAGUGGAUUCUUCAUUAAACAAACCAACCCCUGUUACAUUUACUCUCUUCUGGGAGGUCGAUUCAUACUCUUCCAUAAUUGAAUAUAACUUAUGGCUGCGGCCAUACUACGGACGACUAUCAACAAUAGAGCCCGAUGCGUUCACAACUAACGCUCCCGCUAAUCUGUGGAGCAAAAUCGUUGUUCCGGGCGAUUCUAGUGAUGGUCCGAUUCAUAGUGCUUCGUAUAUGGUGCGUGGUUUAACUCCGUCCACAGUCUACGAAGCGAUAGUUACUUCAAGAAACAGAUUUGGUUGGAGUAAGCCCUCGGCAGUUCUACAUUUUGCGACUGAGCCAGGAUUUGAUAGAACAUUACCAUCUUAUGAAGAAACAGAUAUAACGCCGACUUUGGAAGAACCACAAAAAGAAGAGGCAUUCAAUAUAACAAAAGCGCACAUUUUUGAAAGACUCGACGAUACGUCAAACGCAGCGCGCCAAAGUGCUACCGCCAUUUUAUUAGGUUCUAUUCUCUUUUACUUUUUAAUGAGAUGAUUUAUAUAAUAACUUCCAUUAAAUUUUUAUGAUUAUAAAUUAUGAAAUCCUAGAAUUAAAUGAUUUGCCCCAAAAUCUAAAUUUCAUUGUAAAUAAUUUGUUUUAAAUUGUGUCUAGAUACUAUUGAUUGAUAAAUUUAAAGAUGCAUUUUAAGUCCAUUUAUAAAUAAGGUAACUUAUUAUAAUCUGUACAUCUUUGUUAGCUUUGGAGUUUAUUUGAAAAUUAGGUUAUUUGGUAACUUACAAGU